GCAACACUGCUCGUUGAGAAUAACUGUUUAGCCAGGUCAGCGCAUUGAAAAUUGCAUGUGCCUUAAAACCGGAUAAAAGCCACGAGAAAAAUGGUUAGGUCAGCACCGGUGGUUGCAGUCGUUGCGCUUUUCCUGCUGGUCGCGUCGCAGGGCGUGGAUGCCGACAAGAAGCAGAGCAAGAAGUACAGCAAAGAGGCAAACGACCCGCAUUUCCAGCAAGUGAAGGAGGAGAAGUAUGACCCGGAUUUCAGAACUAUCCAGCGGCCCUUUCGCAUGGCCAAAUUAAAUCUGGUGUGGGCCAAGGCUCAGAAUCGCCUAACAGAACCCAAGCUCAAGUCGCUCUACAUGGAGCUGAAGAUCCACGACAAGGAGGAGAUAGCCUGGAAGCAGCUCAAUUCGCAGCACAAGGACAAGGAUGGCCUCAAGGACGACGAGCUGCGACGCAAGCUGAUUGGCAUUAUGAGCAGCUACGAUCUGCUGGAGCACUUUGACGACACCCAGGACUCGGACAAGCUAAAGCCCUAUAAGAAAUUCCACGACGCCAAUGAUCGUUAUAAAAACAAGAGCCUUUUCAAGGACAAGAAACUCGUCCGGCUGUGGGAAAAGGCAGAGCUUUCCGGCUUUACUGCUGAGGAAUUGAAAUCCCUGAAGCAGGAGUUUGAUCAUCACCAGGAUAAAGUCGAUGUCUACUACAGCUUGCUGGAAAAUAUUGGCACCGUGGAUACCGACAAGCAUGAGAAUGCCAUAAAUACUGAAGAUCUGGACAACUACAAUCUGAUCUCGAAUGAUGCCAACGAAAAUGAGAUAAAAACACACGCACAAAAUGUUAAGAGUUUCGAAAACGAUCUCAACACCCUUCGAGGCCAUCAUGCCGGAAUCAAGGAUCAUUACGACAGACUGGAACGCCUGGUAUCCUCCGGCCCGCACAGUCAGGACUUUGUCGAGCCCAAAGUUCAGGGUCUGUGGCGCGUGGCUCAGUCUAGCAAUUUUACGGAAAAGGAACUGGAGUCCAUAAAGACCGAAUUGCAUCACUUCGAGAGCCGACUAUUAAAGCUGCGUCACCUGCAUGCCGAGCAUGCUUUACAUAAGGAGAAAUACAAGGGCGAAAAACACAAGGACAAGAGCAACCGCUUUGAGGACAUGGAGGAUCAGCUUAAAAAGCAGACUCGCAAGGUGGAGAAGCUACAGGAGAACAUUGAAAAAACCAUCUUCAAGCACACAGAACUUUAAAAAUUGAAGCAAUCACUGAACGUGCCAAGCGAAUAAAUUAGAUUUAGUUGCAACUGUUUGUGUAAGGCACAAAAACAUUCAAGCUGCUAUUCAGCAUAUCAUAUGUAUAGUUUUGAUACCAAAUAUCAUUUGAAUGAAAAUAAAAUCUCAUGAAGUUUA